UCAGCCAUCUUGGAGCCUGUGGAGGCCUGCUGGGAACAGGACUUCUAAAACAACAAAUAUGUCUGGAAGGCUGUGGUCCAAGGCCAUUUUUGCUGGCUAUAAGCGGGGUCUAUGGAACCCGAGGGAGCACACAGCUCUCCUGAAAAUUGAAGGUGUACAUGCUCGAGAUGAAACUGAAUUCUAUCCAGGCAAGAGAUGUGCUUACGUGUACAAAGCAAAGAACAACACAGUAACUCCUGGUGGAAAACCUAACAAAACCAGAGUAAUCUGGGGAAAGAUAACUCGUGCUCAUGGAAGCAGUGGCAUGGUUCAUGCCAAAUACCGAAGCAACCUUCCUGCUAAGGCCAUUGGACACAGAAUCCGUGUGAUGCUGUACCCGUCAAGGAUUUAAACUUACUGAAAAGUAAAUAAAUAAAAGUGUGGA